AAGAGUAUGAUCUGUCUGUUUAUUUGUCACAUGUUUUGUUUUUUGAUGUUUAGUUAAAUUGAUUUUUAAAAACAACAAUUAACAAAAAUAAAUCAUAAUGGAACCGAUAAUUGUUGAUGCACGUGAAGAAGGUACGAUCGAAAUCGAUAGUGAUAUUUUACGUCUUCGACCACUUGGUGCCGGACAAGAAGUUGGUCGAAGUUGUAUAUAUAUGGAAUUUAAAGGCAAAAAAAUUCUACUUGAUUGUGGUAUUCAUCCUGGUCUUAAUGGUAUGGAUGCUUUGCCAUUUGUCGAUCUCAUCGAUCCCGAAGAGAUUGAUCUUUUGCUGAUAUCACAUUUUCAUUUGGAUCAUUGUGGAGCUUUACCGUGGUUUCUACAGAAAACGACAUUCAAAGGACGAUGUUUCAUGACGCAUGCAACAAAAGCUAUUUAUCGUUGGUUAUUGGCUGAUUGUAUAAAAGUUUCCAACAUAUCGGCUGAACAGAUGCUUUAUACUGAACAAGAUCUUGAACAAUCAAUGGAUAAAAUUGAAACAAUAAAUUUUCAUGAAGAAAAAGAGAUUGCCGGUGUACGAUUUUGGUGUUAUAAUGCUGGCCAUGUUUUAGGUGCUGCAAUGUUUAUGAUUGAAAUAGCUGGUGUAAAAAUUCUUUAUACGGGUGAUUUUUCACGUCAAGAAGAUCGUCAUCUUAUGUCAGCUGAAAUUCCUGCCAUCAAACCUGAUAUUCUUAUUAUCGAAUCAACAUACGGAACGCAUAUUCAUGAAAAAAGAGAAGAAAGAGAAGCUAGAUUUACUGGCAUUGUUUAUGAUACUGUUACACGAGGUGGCAAAUGCCUGAUACCCGUAUUUGCAUUAGGUCGUGCACAAGAAUUAUUGCUCAUAUUGGAUGAAUAUUGGGCACAACAUCCUGAACUACAUGAAUACCCUAUUUAUUAUGCAUCAUCGUUGGCUAAGAAAUGUAUGUCUGUUUAUCAAACAUACAUUAAUGCCAUGAACAAUCGAAUCAAACGACAAAUUGCCAUCAAUAAUCCAUUCGUAUUUAAACAUAUUUCGAAUCUAAAAUCAAAAGCACAUUUGGAUAUGGAUGAAAUUGGUCCGUGUGUUGUAAUGGCAACACCUGGUAUGAUGCAAUCAGGAUUAUCACGUGAACUGUUUGAAAGUUGGUGCAGUGACCGAAGAAAUUGUUGUAUCAUUGCCGGUUAUUGUGUGGAAGGUACAUUGGCCAAACAGAUUUUAUCCGAACCGGAAGAAAUUGUUGCAAUGAGUGGACAAAAAUUGCAAAGAAAAUGUCAAAUUGAAUACAUUUCUUUUUCUGCUCAUACUGAUUAUAAGCAAACAAGUGAAUUUAUUCGAGCACUUCGACCACCGCACAUAAUGUUGGUUCAUGGUGAAGCAAAUGAAAUGAAUCGACUAAAAUCGGCUUUAAUUCGUGAAUACGAAGAUCAGGAAAAUCCACCCGAAUUUCAUAAUCCACAAAAUACAGUUACAUUGGAAUUACAUUUCCGUGGUGAAAAAAUUGCUAAAGUAAUGGGAAAUUUAGCGGUAACAAAACCUACAGCCGGUCUACGUCUUUCAGGAAUAUUAGUAAAACGUAAUUUUAGCUAUCAUUUAUUAGCACCAUCUGAUCUAAACAAAUAUACGGAUAUGGUAAUGAGUACUAUUUCACAAUGUUUAACUGUUCCAUUUGAAGGUGAUUAUGAUCAAAUGCUUGAUGCAUUUCAAGGAUAUCAUCUGGAACGAAUAUCUGAUUGUUCAGUUAAAGUUUUCGAUCAAAUACAAGCAACGAUUAAUGUACAAAAAAAAUUCGUUGUACUUGAUUGGAUUUCAUCACCGGAAUCAGAUAUGUAUGCCGAUACAUUAAUAGCAUCAUUAUUGAAAGCAACGAUAAAAAAUGAAGAAAUAUCAUCAUUGACUAGUGACAAAAAGAUGGAUGUCGACACGGUAUCAGAUGAUCAACGUGUAAAGAAAUUUUAUCCAUCCACCAAAACAAUUUCAUCACAAGCUAAAGAGUUACUAUUCACUAAUCUUUUAAUCGAUUCAUUAAGAGAAAUGUUUUCAUUACAAGAAGAAGAUUUUGUUGUUAGUACGGUGAAACAUGAUUCAAAAACAAUGAUGACAGACGAUGUUCCUAAAGUUGAAAAACUUUUAGCAUUCAAAAUUGAUAACGAUGCUCAUGUUGAGAUUAAUAUUACCUCUAGGCAAAUUAUACGAUGUGAUCUUGAUCAUGUAAGAAAUAUGUUGAAUAGAUUCCUAUCGAAUAGCUUGGAAAUUGGAGCAAAUUAUUAAGUAAUAAAAAAAUUUUAUUGAAAUUU